AUUAGUAAAUUGUUUUAAUCAUUCAUACAAUAACUCGAUAGGAUUAAAAAAUUACUUCUUACAAGUAACGAAUUUUAUAAAAAUAUAAUAAUAUAUUCCUCCUAUUGGUUAUAUUUUCGUACAACUAAUUAUAAUUUAACAACUUUAUAACAACUUCGAUGAAAAUCGAAGAAAGUUCGACGAACGAUCGUCGAAAGCGCCGUCUGACUCAUCGAUUCACGGUUUCCAUAACAACACUACGUUAUCUACGAAAUCACACGCGAGUGUCAUCAUCGAUUUCCGUCGGCUGCGCUCCGCUUUCGGUCGCGCGCCUGCGCCAGUCAUAUCGACAGACUCGCGAUUUGUUCACGUCGUAUCUUCCGGCGUUGUUCCUACACCGUUACAGAUUCCAGCUCGUAGACAAUAGUCCCAUUGAACACUGGAGCGUCGUUCCCCGUUAUCGUUCUUUCCGCUGAUCAAUUUCGCGAAUCGGCAGUCAGUGACGCUUCCAAAAACGCGAACACUAGCGUAGAGUAAUAUCGGCGACAGCGUGCUUCAAUUCGUCAUCGGCUCGACCUUUGUCGAGACAGCGGCGAUCGAGCGGUGGCGGCGCUAUUUAUCGAUCGUCACGUGCAUACGUCGUCACAGCCAGUUAAUUAGAGGAGUCGGGUCUGGCAUGCCCCUCUUUAAGGAUUCAGAGCUCGUGCGGCCAGUGGUACGUGCUGAUCGAGCGGAAAGUUUCCCUUGCGACUGGCUGACGCACGAGCCGCUUGCUAGUUUCGUCUCGGCAGUCGAGUGAAACCGGCCCUAACGGCCGUCAGUCUUCAGUCUUGCCGGUGGAGGGUCGCUGGACCAGCCAACAGACUCAACAUGGAACACCUGACUACGUGGAAAAUGUUUUACGUUUGUGUAUUGGCCAUCUCUCUGAUGGUUCGUCCGUCCACUGGCGCGCAAAUGCAGCCGCUCGUCGUCAGCAACUCGUUGGACGAAGGUGCCGCCAAGGACUACUUUAUAGGACCGUGUCUGGUGAACACGAAUCAAACUUGUCCUGAUAAAGAGGUGACGUUCUUCUUAUACACGCAAAGAAAUCCCGAUGUGGGUCAGCAGAUCAUGGUCGACGAGAAGCGCUCGAAUUUGAAACGAAUCCAUUUCGAACCUUCGAACCCUACCAAGAUCCUGAUACACGGUUACGAUUCUGACAUGGCACUGUCUUACCUAGUGGACGUGCGAAACGAAUAUCUGAAAACGUAUGAUUACAAUGUAAUAGCCAUGGAUUGGCAUCGUUUAGCUACGGCACCGUGCUAUCCCAUCGUUGUGCAAAACGUGCCACACGUGGGCGAUUGUUUGGCCCAGCUGGUGCAGAGACUGAGGGACGUGGGUGCGGACGAUAUCCACGUGAUCGGCUUCAGUCUGGGUGCACACGUGCCCGCGUUCGCGGCUAACUCUCUCAGACCGUACAAGAUGUCAAGGAUAACGGGUUUAGAUCCUGCCAUGCCGUUGUUUGUCACCGUGGAGAAUGACUACAAAUUAGACCCGUCGGACGCGGUCUUCGUCGAUGUCUUUCAUACGAACGCGUUCAUUCAGGGCAAGGUGGAGAUGAGCGGGCACAUAGAUUUCUAUAUGAACGGUGGGAUCAAUCAGCCGGGUUGUUGGGACAACUGGAAGCCUUUCGAGUGUGAUCAUCACAGAUCAGUGAUGUAUUUCGCCGAGUCCAUCAAUUCGGAUGUGGGUUUCUGGGGCUGGAAAUGCGGAGGAUUUUCUUUUUAUCUGCUUGGCCUGUGCCCUCCCAGGUACCCGGCCGUUUUGGCUGGCGACAAGGUGGAUAAGAAGAGCAGAGGCUUUCAUCUGGUGAGAACGAACGGGCACAAACCGUACGCCAUGGGAAAUUUCAGCGUGAACCGGUUAGAUAUGUACACGUAAGGUCGACGAAGUGUCGAGCGUUAAUGUCGCGAGAUACGACUCGUGCGAUAAAUCGAAGAAUGUACGACGUGAGACUUUUGGAUGCGAUUCUGCUCUCUGAUUGCGGAACAUAAAGAGGACACGUGCGUGAGAUGAAGCGGUUGCUGCUGGAAACGGGCACCAACGAUGUGUCCCUCCGGCAAAUUGUCACGGUGAGCGUGAGAGUUGACUGAAAAACGUGUUCCGUGUCAAGGUCAGGGUAUCUCGAGCACCUGGUGCUCCGCUAAUCGAUACUGUGUUCGGCGUAGAGAAAGAAAUGGGGCUAACCGGCUAUAAGCGCGUUUAGGAGUUGAUUCGUAUCGAUGACGCGCGCGGAACGGAUAAGCAAACUAUGGGCUCGAAAGUUUCGAUAACACGGAAUCUUCUCUGGGAAGAUUAGACUUUGACAUUUCGAAGCAUUUCUCGGACAAAUUUUCCUGUGAAUUAUAUUUAUAUCAAACAUCUUUUUACUUUCGCUAAAGCGAUUAGAAUCGUGGAUUUGAACUUUAUAUAUCGUGGUUAGGAGAUAUCGGUUCGUUGCAUCGGUUUGACAAAUAAAAAUCAGUGGUUUGAUAGGAAUUGUGAACAUCGUUGUAAGCUUUUUACGUAACAAUGUGCAUCGAAUGGAUCUUUACGAUAUAUUAUCCAACUUAUAUCUAGAUCUUACGUGUAACACGCGCAAAAGUUACAGCCACAUUAGUGAGAUUUAUCGAAGAAACUUGAUUUCAAAAGUAUAUACGAAAUAUAUAUUGAAUAUAUGCAAAUAUAAAAGAAUUUAAUUUCAGCGCAACAUAUGUGAAUUACAUAUGUAAAGGAUUAUAAAUAAGCUGAAUUUUAUUAAUAUCGUUUGAAAUAUUGAUAAACGAGUUGCACGUAAUCUGUUAUUUGCUGAUAGAGGCGUGAUUACUUAGCGAGAUUUUGUAUCUAUAUUUAUGGAUUGUCAUCGAAAUAAUGAUACAAAAAUAUUGUUUUGUAUAACAUAAGAGAGGCUAUUUAUUCUUUAUAUCAUUUACUUUGGAUUUUCAUAUUUCAGUCAUCUAUUGU